AUGGCGGACAACCUCCAGCUCCAGCUCCCCCGCCCCCUGGCCUGGUCCCUCUACUUCCCGAACGACGACUACGACGCCCAGAACCGGCGGGCGGUGCUCAUCCGGGGCCUGUGCCAGUUUCUGUCAUCGCCUUCCGGAGCGCCAUUCCUGAGCGGCGCCCGGGAGAUCCGCGGCAGGCGUGGGCUGUCGCUGCAGGUGGACUUCGUGGCACUGAGGGACGCCUCUGGCAGCGCGGACCUAAACGAGGCACUGUAUUACGCACCAGACGAUGGGCUGGCGUGCCUGGGCGCCGCGGUGUGCGAGGCGAUGUUCGGCAGAGGCCGACGGCCGGUGGCGCAGACUGCGAAGCCCAGGAAAGUGCUUAUUCGACUGGUCAACAGGCCUUCAGGCCAGGUCCGCAUUAGGGACCUAAAGUCAGACCUCAUCGGCAAGCUGGUCACUGUGGUGGGCACAGUGGUGAGGAUGAGUCAGUUGAAGCCCCUGGUCACAUCCAUGGAUUUUAUCUGCAGAAAAUGUAGGAAUGUGACGAAUGUGGACUUCCCCGAUGGCAGGUACACCCUGCCAAGCAGGUGUGAAGGAGAGGGAUGCCGCAGCCAAACAUUUUCACCCAUCCACUCAUCAGCCAUCAGUGUAGACUGGCAGAAGAUCCGCAUCCAGGAGGUUCGCAACCGUGACAAACAUGAUGAGGAAGGCCAGAUCCCAAGGACGGUGGAAGUGGAGCUGGCAGAGGAUCUGGUAGACAGUUGCAUUGCGGGGGACAUCGUGACAGUGGUUGGUAAGGUCAAAGUGAUCAACACAGAGCCCCACACGGCGGGGGCAAAGGCCAAGGGCGGCCAACGCGCCCACUGCCUGUUCCUGCUCUACAUCGAGGCAGUGUCUAUAACCAACGCCCGGGGCCAGGGGGCCCGCCAGCUGCCCGACGUCGCUGCGCCUUUCCGCGCAUGCACUCAAGAUGAGCGCCCCCGCCUGCAGGCACCCCUGGCCACGAUACCGCCACCGUGCGGCAUCAACUUCACGCACCGGGACCUGGAGUUCAUCGUCAAGUUCUCACAAGUUUACUGCGGCCGGCAGCUGCAGAUGCUUGUGCGCUCGCUGUGCCCAUCGAUCUACGGUCACGAGGUGGUGAAGGCGGGCGUGCUCCUUGCGCUCGUGGGCGGCGUGAGGAAGCAUGCGGAUGAUGUUGAGCGAGUGCCCGUGCGAGGGGAUUUGCACCUGCUGUUGGUGGGGGAUCCGGGCCUUGGCAAAAGCCAAAUACUGCAGGCAGCUGCCACAGCGGCGCCGCGGGGCUUGUACGUCUGUGGCAACACUUCAACGUCCACUGGGCUCACCGUAUCUGUGGUCAAAGACGCACUGACUGGAGACUACACAUUCGAGGCGGGUGCCAUGGUGCUGGCAGAUUGCGGUGUGUGCUGCAUCGACGAGUUCGACAAGAUGCACCAGGAGCACCAGUCCCUGUUGGAGGCCAUGGAACAGCAGGAGGUGUCUGUGGCCAAGGGCGGCCUGGUGGCCAACCUGCCAGCCCGCACAUCAGUCAUCGCUGCUGCCAACCCUGUGGGCGGGCAGUACAACAAUGGCAAGACGGUGCAAGAAAACCUGAAGAUGAGCGGCCCCAUGCUGUCGCGCUUUGACCUCAUCUUCUUGUUAAUGGACAAGCCCGACCCGGAGAUGGACAAGAAACUGUCGGAGCACGUGAUGUCAAUACAUUCAGGCGCCCCUGACAGGGCUCGGACAGCCAAGCAGCGACUCCUGGACUGUGCUCCCGCCAGGGACCUCCUUCCAAGCGGCCAGGGAGGCCAGCCACCCGCCCGCUUGCCCCUCUCCGAACGCCUCAAAGCACAAGGCGGUGAGGGCGAGUCCAGCCACAUGCCAGUGCAGCUUCUUCGCAAGUACAUCGCCUACGCCCGGCAGUAUGUGCACCCACACAUCUCCCGUGAGGCCAAAGCCGUUCUGCAGGCCUUCUUUCUGCACCUACGGGAUUCUUGCACAUCAUCCGACUCUGUGCCCGUGACUGCGCGCCAGCUGGAGAGCCUUGUGCGCCUGACUGAGGCGCGUGCAAGGUUAGACCUCAGGGAGGUGGCCACGGAGGAGGACGCGCAGGAUGCAGUGGAAAUAGUGAAGGAAGCGUUGUGCGACAAGUUCGUGGACGAAUCUGGGUUGGGAGUCUUCAAGCGGCGCAAGGGGAGUGGAAAGCAAGUGGAAGCCCGUCGGUUCUUAGGGGCCCUGGCACGGCAUGCCCAGAAUCAGGGGGGCAACAUCGUGACCAUGUCUGACAUUUACAGUGUCGCAAAUGAAAUAGAGCUGCAGGUGCAAGACGUGCGUGAAUUUGUCGACCAACUGAACGAAGCAGGUGGGAUCCUGUUCUCGAUGCUUCCACCCUUGCACGAAGUAUGCGCAAAAUCCAGAAUUGCACAGAUUCCUUGGGUUUUCAAGACCUCCAGCAUUUUCAAAGAAAGACAACUCGUUUCUAACAACGAAAAUCGUGCUUUAGCGAAACGCGCCCUGUCAAUGUGCCCUCAAAGGAAACGUGCAAUUGGUCCAGUACUUUAG